UGUUUGACCAGCAAGCGGCCUUGUUGUUGCUCUCUUUUUUCCGCAGUGUUACACAUAUUUUUCCCGCACAAGCUCUCGCGCACACACAAACACACACACACGCUCUCUCUAUUUCGAUUCAAUUCAAUUUUCGGUGCUUUGAAUCUUAGCGUGGAAAUACUCUACUAGCUAGCACACUCGACAGUCGGCAUUCGGCUCGGUGCAAGCAAAUACAAUUUGAUGAUAAGAAUACAGAUGUUCCGAGCGGCGGUGUCAGCAGCAGCAGCACGUUUUUGAAAAAUUGAAUUUUAACGAUUUAUAUUCGUUUCGAGCAGUGAUUAAGCUUCAUGUUUUUUUCUCCCUAAUUGAGAACGGCAUAAAUUUCGCGUGAAGUUUUGUUUUAAAUUUUGUUGAUUUUUUUUUAUUUGUUCUAUUUGCAAUGUUUCUUUUUUGUUCAAUGUGAUACGAGGCGAUAAGUAGUGAUAAUACAAAACUUGUUCGACGAAAAAGUUGUUUUUCACGCGCGUUGCGAUGAAAAUCGGCAGUUGUCGGAGAAAAAUCUAACCGAAAACGAAAAGAAAUCGUCAAUUCAUUUAGACACUUCGAUCGAAUCUCGCGUGGUAGUGAAAACAAUACACACAAUUUGUGUGUUCGAAACGCAAUUGCAGCAAAACAAAAAUAAGGCACGAGAUGUUCGUGAGAACGGAAAAAAAUGUGUACUGAUGUUUUUUUGACGUUUGCAAGCAUGUCGGAAUAAUUAAAGCGAAAAAAAAAGAAAAGACACACAAUUUAUAAUAUCGUAAUGAGUGUCGUCGCAUCUUCAAACAAUUUGAACACUUUUGGUGCUUGUGUGUAAAAGUUUUUUUUUUGUUUUAGUUUUUUUCCCCCUACCAUCGUUGUUAUUGUUGUGUAUAUUUUGUGGAAAAGUGCAAAAGCGAAAAUCUCUGUCCCGACGUGGAAUUUGCAUGCGGCAUCCGAUCGUCAGAGAGAUAAAUGCGAAAAUAUUAAAUUCGGAAGAUCAUGUUUUGCGACAUCGUGUCAUUUAAUACCCCAAAUAUCACAAGAUACAAUGCAAUCUGAAUGAAACACAACUGACUCUUGAUCACUUGACGAUUACGAUCACCGUGUAUGUAUGUCUAUAUUUGUUUUGUGUUUUAGCAGAAAAGAAAAUAAAAGCAACGUAAUUGUGACUAGCGAGAGAAAAGAAGAAAAAGAGUCGAGUGCAGAAAAAGGGCUCGAAGGCGAAAGAAAUAUGCAACACUUUGUAACUAACAAGCUCAUCAGACAAUCGAAAAGCAAGGAAAUUUGCAUAUUGUUACGUGUUUCACACUAGAUGCUUUCUACUUGGCACUUCUUCAUUUUAUUUUCGUAUAUAUCCACAAUAGCACAGGUGAGAACGUAAAGAAAAAAAGACAGUAACAAACACCGAAACGAAAUAAAAUUCCGAUCCAGCAAUUAUAUGACGUGCAUGAUGCAAAAAAAAGUAUAACAAAUAAUGAGACGAAUUAAAAAAAAUCAACAACAACAACAACAUCAGCAGUAGUAGCAGUAGCAACAGUAGCAAAAUGGUAACAUCCAAACCAAAGUGAAUAUCAAUAGAGUGCAAUGAGAAAACUGUGACAAAAUCCAAGACACGAAACAGAAGGGAAAAAAACUAGAAUAGAAAACGAAUGAACGAACGAACAAAAGGUCGUGUCGAUGUGAGUGAAAACUGUUGUGGCACAAUUUGAUAAGACAAUUUCGCUUGGAAAAAUCAGUAGGGCAACGGCACGUACUGCCGUGUUUGUAGUGGUGAAUUGCAAGUGUUUUGCAUAAUUCGUCGACGCGAAUAAAUUAACAUUUUUUAAAGAAAAACUCCGACCAACCGACGACGGUUGAGGCAAUGGCAAAAAAUUGCAAACGAAUCAAUGUGUGCAUCGUAGUGAAUUCAAGACAAUAAAUACCGAUUUGUUUGGUACAAGCGAUGGAAAAAAAACUACAGAAUCAACCGAACACAAGUUCGUACCGCAGAAGCAGAAGAAAAUAAAGCCAACAAGACGAAAAUAUUUAAAAAUGCAUAGAACAUAACACGAAGGCAUGCUUUACGACUGGCUAAACAUUGCAUAAUUUUUGUGCUUCACGGAAAUCACUCAUAACGAUAUGUAUAUAUGAGGGUAUAGAACAAUUUAUUAAUGAAAAAACAAAAGAACGAACGAACGAAAAAAACACUAAUUAAUUUAAAAUCCAAUGAGUAAAUUUGACUCGUGGUCGAUCUUUUCUCUCCUGUUGAAUACCAUUUUUUUUUUACAACAGAAUCAUAUAAAUACAAACUGAACCAUUGGUCGGAACAGAAAUAAAUUCCGAUUUGAGCAAAGAGAGAGAGAGGGAGAGAAACGGAACGAGAAGAGAAAAAAGAUAAGUGGAACUAAAUAAACCGAAUCAAGGGUUCAGUGGAAAUCAGCAGAGAAGAAAGAUUUUCCAUUUUACCAAGAACCAAAACGCAAAAGAGCUAAUUCAGAAAACGAAAAUAAACGAAGCAGACAACACAAAUUGCACGUGUAUGCCAUUUAGCAUAGUUCAUUGGUCACGAUUCAUUUUGGAACGUUUAAUUGGCGUCAACCACCGCAUCGACCGAAUCGAAUGUGCUUCGGCCCAAAUUAAAUGUGAGUAAACAAUCAAUUUCGUUUACAUUUAACGAAGUGAUGCGUGUUUGAAUGCGAAAUCAUUUUGAAAGCAAAAAAAAAAGCAAAGCAAACGUUUCGUUAUCCGUGCAGAAAAUGCCGUGUGGCCUCAACAUAAGUGGAUGGAUGGUUGUCAACAGUGCUUCAAGAGUCAAUGAGAUUUAGGUUAACCAGAUUUGUGUAUUCAAAUUAAAAUUGAGAGAGAGAAAAUUGGUUGUUUGAAAUAUCGAUACGAGAAAAUGGCUACGUUGACACAGGCAUCGAUAUCAGCCACCGCAGCAGCAGCAGCAGCCUCAUCACCUGUUCAAAUAAUUCGGAAUUUGCUUCGGGCAACGACAAAAACGUUAGACACUCGAAUUUAUUUGAUUGUUUUCCUAUUGACGGUAAAUAUUUACAAUGACCAUUUCGGUGGAGUAUCAAUAGUUCCCGUGUGCAACGGUGGACCGAUGCCAACAUCUUUGGUGCUGCCUCCAACAUCUGCAUCGGCCAUUGAUACGACCACGAUUCGGGUGGUUAAUUUAACCAGACAACAUGGUGGUGAUAUUUUCACAGCGUUCGAUGCAUCGAAAUGCGACGUGGACACAUGUGUUGGCCUAUCGAGCGGAACUGCUGGCACCAACGGGAAUGACAUGAAAGACGCAUCAGAUAUGAUUGGUGGAAAGUAUCGACCAAGCAGUGACGAUUGCAAGUGCCAGUGUCUACCACAUCUGGAUGCAUUUCGUGAAGAUUUGAACAUUUGCGUGGAUGAUAUUCAUGAAUGUACGUUGGCACCAUUCGUGAGCGGAUCAUCGUCGGAGAAAAUACCAUUCGUAUUCCUACCGUUGCGUGGUCAGAUCAUCCAUCCCAGCAAAGAGAUUAGCUUCCAAGGUAUUAAAGCGCCAAUAUGUGCGGUAUCUGGAGCGCAGUAUCUAACAACAAGUGGAUGGACGGAAUUACGUAAUGCGAUCGAUUUAGAUGUUCCGUUUCGUUUAUUUCGCGAUGAAGGCAGAACAUUUUUGCAGUGGCUGGGCGAAUCGGAUUUGCGGUUUAAGAUGCAGGGCCGUUUGGUUCUGGUGCAUCUAAUGUGUCGUGAUAUGGCGGCGGCAACGACGCCACAAUCAGUCGAAACAAUUAUCGGCAUCGAUAAUGAUAUAACAGAUCGGGCCGCUAUCAAAUCGGUGAAACCUGCACAAAACAUCUUCACACCGUGCGUUGCGUUUCGCGUUGCUGGAAUGCCGAUUAAACAUAUUAACAAUGUGACGGAAGUGUCUUUCCAAUCAGAAUCCACUUCGAGCACACUCGCGUCGAUAAAUGGCCUAUCGGCGAAGGAGUAUAUUCUGAUUGCGGUGUGCAGCUUGAUUCUUGGUUUGAUCUAUGUGGCGUCGGUGUUCCUGUACAUUCAUGUGAAACGGUAUAAAACCCGUGCGUCCGGCAAUGACAAUGACAACGAUGGUCCACAACGUAAAUCAGAAUAUCAACAAAACGAUGAAGUAACAUUUGGCAAUGGUUUCAAUCGCAGCAGCUAUGAUCGAUCAUCCGGUUCGAUUACGGGCAGCGUUUUGCCCGAUCGACACAAAAACUUGAAUCGGAAUAUGUCAUUGAAUGGGCUUGGAAAUGAGGAACAAGGUGUUAUCAAAAGCAAUCCACUAUUGAAACACUAUCCGAAUUUAAGCGAUAAUUCGGGAUUUAUUAGCGACAUGUCGAACUCGAACUCGGAGUGUGGUGAAGAACAUCUAACGCAUGAAUUGUUAAUAAAUAUGCAGAAUGCGGCACAUUCACACAAUUCGUUGAACACACAGGCACGCGAUGGCAACGAGAACACAGCACCGAGUCCGACGCAAGAAACCGAAUGCCUACCUGAGGAGAACGUAUCGAUUAUUGAAGACAUGACAACUGAGGAUAAAUUAGAAAAUAUGAAGGCUAUUGUUAGUGGCACAAUGCGAAAAAAGCUAUACUUCAAUCCAGCAUACUUUGAACCGCAUCUCCUAAUGUCUCCUCCGCCGGCAGCCGUGGAAUUUUUGUCAAAAAUCCGUGAGGUUAUCACAUUGGCGAAAUAUAAAAUGGCAACAAAACGUUUUCAACCGUCGUUAACAAUGAUACCCGAAGAGCAUCUGAAUAUGUAUGCAAACGCAGCCAAUUGCUCGAAAUCAUUGGUGCAACAGAAUGUGAAUAAAGGGGAUAAAAAAGCAUGCGUUGGUUGUUCGGGUUGUGCGAAUGAGAAAGCCGGCACGAAUUGCAAGAAUUGCGGCGAAAAGCGAAAUAGCAUUCGCAAAUGGUUGGAAGGUGUAUCGAAGCAUGAGAACAGCAUUUUGGAGGAAGAAGAUGAAACUGUACAAACGAUUGAAAAGGUUGAAGCAACAGUCAUUAGUACGAUAGAAGUCAAUAGUUGCCCGUCAUCGGGUGCCAAACUGAACGAUAGUGGCUCUAGUUCGGAGAGUGAUACGGUCAAAGCGAAUAGUUUGGGCAGUAAGAGUUCAAAGAAACGUAAGGCACCGCCAAUUCCAUCGACAGCACCAAAAAUUAUUUCGCAUUUGAAGAAAGACAAUCAGCCAACGAGACCACAGCCAGAUCGACCGGCACCAGUAUACAAGUCAGAUGUUAACGUUGAAACCAAUAACAAUAAAAAUGUUACAAAGAAUACAAAUGCAAACUCUAGUUCAAUUCCAAUAAAGGCUGCCAAUAUGUUGGAAAAUACAGACAUUUACAAUGGCAUGUCGUUGUUGGGCAGCGAAAUUUAUAAUAAUCCACAAUUCAUACUCAAUUCGCCAUCGUUGUCACACCGAAGCAAAUCGGGUCGUAAUUCAAGCCAAUCACGGCAAUCAUCGUCCAAGAAACGAAUCGAUGUCCUGGAUCAGUACGCCAAUCCGGCGCAAUUGAUUCAAGAAAAUAUGGCAAAGAACUUACAAAAUGUACCGGAUAUGAUUUAUGAGGCAAUUGCAAAAGACUAUCCACAGCGCCAAGCAAAUCCAACACCAAAUCCAAUUUAUGGCCAUUUGAAUGUACCCACACCCGAUUAUGAUGAUCCAAGCAGCACAUAUUCACGCAAACGCUUCAAUUCGUAUGAAAAUGAUGAAACAUUAAUUCCGCCACCGGACUACAACAGUGGCACAUUGGGUCGCAAACAAUAUCAACCCGAUUCACCGAUUUAUCAUCGAAAAUCACCACAUUAUCUGAUUGUUGACUAUGAAACUGAUAGUUUGGAACGCACAAAUACAAACAAAAUGAUUCGUAAUUCAUUUACGCCACAUUCCAACAAUAGCUCGGAUAUGAGCAGUCAACCGAGUCCAUCGUUGAGUUCGGCAUUGCCACUUGAGGAAGAGGUUGAAAUUGGUAAUACCGUUUAUGAUCGGGUCGAAGGCUAUCGCAAAGACGGCGAUCCAAUGAAAGUUAUUCGGAACUUUCCGAAGAAGCCGAAGCCACCAUCAAUUUACGAGGACAUUGGCAGCGUAUCAAAAGCCUAUUUGCAAUCGAGCCGAUCAUCAGAAGCAUCACGUGAGCCACGCAUCAAAUACAACACGCCAUUUCAUGGGAGCAUGACCAUCGAAGUUGAACACGAGCCAACUGACGAAGAAGUUUCCACCGAUAGCGAUCAAUUCGAACCGGACACAUUGGAUCGCAAACCGAAAAAAUUCAAUAACACACCCAAGCUGCCAUCCGAUCGAUUUCAAAACAUUCCCAACAAUCAACGAAACAUAAACGAUUGGCCGAAUCGACAGUGCAAAGCCAAUGAGAAUGCCAAUCAUCGCGGUAAAUCGAUUUCAACCAAGGAACUUAUCGAUUCGAAUCUAUCAUCGUUGCCAGAUAUGAGCUACUUUAACAAUAACAAUGAGAGCCAAGUGGUGUUACGGUCAUCGGGAUCGUUCAAGAGCAACAGUUUAGGAAAUUACCUAUCGGAAAUCGGAGCAUUGAUGAAUAAUAAUGAUUUGGAGAAAAGUUUCAGUAGCUUGAGAGAAAUUUAUGAAGCGAAAAAUCAAAAGAAUCUUAAACAACGGCCCGGUUUGAAUGAGAAUGAAUACGAUGGACGUCUGUUGACACUCGAAGCGCGCCAUUCGAAACGACAGCGUCAAACGACGCUUGAUAAAAACAUGAAAAAGAUUCUACCGCCCGACAUCAUACCACUCGAUUCGAACAAUAUUUACGAGAUGCCAGUCAACAAUAAAAAUAACGAGAAAAUUGCACAGAAAUUGUUCGCACCGCCCAAAGAUGAUUUGGUCAAUAAUAACAAAAAUAAAAAGAGCAACAACGAUAUUGGCGAUGGCGCGAAAGAUAAGAAAAAGCAAAAUGUUGCGAGCAUUGAAGAUGAAAUGAAUUUGAUAAGCGAGUCGUUGAGCAGUAGUAGCACCAGUGAGAGCACUGAUAUCACCGGCGUUUCAGAUACCCAACCGCAUUCGGGGCAAAAUUCACUGAAACAAGCCUACUCACAAGUGCGAAAAACGUCAAAAUGCUCGGGUGUAUACAAUUUAGAAGCGAGACGCGCCAGCGAAUUGCAAAAUAAUAAUCCGAACUACAUGAAUUUGAGCGAUGUGCAUUCGUUGCGUGCCGAACAGCAAUCCGAUUGUAACAGUGACACUAGCACAUUGAAAACGGGCAGCACGAAAUUCUACUACAAAUCGAAUUUGAAUCAAGAGGCCAAUUUAAAUAAUCAUUUUGGUGCUGCCGAGGAUUUGGAUAAAAUUGAAAUUAUUUCAUCGAAAUCAUUGCGGCUCAAAGAUUUGGAUUUGUCCACCGAGAUCAUCGACAACACAAAACAUUUGAUUUCUGAAUUGGCCAACGAUACGAGCACAUUCAAUCCGCAAUUGAAUCAAAUGGCACCAACAAAAGUGUUUCACGUAGACAUUUCGCCACCAACGAACGGCAUGCAAAUUGCAUUGGGCAUUCGUGAUCGUGUGAAGAAGUCAAAAGAUUUGAAGCAUGCUUGGAAAAAGUUUGUGAAUAUGGCCACAUCGAAAUUCCACAAUGGCAACGCAUCAGCACCGGGAAAGCCAGAAGUGCGCGGUGAAUAUGAUUUGGUGGAAAAAACGGCCACAUUCUCCGACCCAACGGAUCGUGAUGAUGGCAUUGCAUCGAUGAGCACAUGUGAUGAUAGCAUUACAACGGCGUCGAGCGAAAAGCAAUCGAUUGAAGUUUUAUCACGUUCACCUUCAUCCAGUUCCUCAGACAUGGUGCAAAAACCGAGCCGUUCCGAAAUGGACUACGGUUACAUCAGUGCCGAUUCGAAUGAAUCACGUGUGCAAAAGAAAAAUCUGUAUGCGCGUUUCAAUUUCAAAAUGGAUAAAACGGCACCACCGGAACCGUCAACGAGCAAGGCGGCAUUAAGUGGCAACGAUCGAGAUUGGCGGCAACGCUAUUUGCAUCGCAUGCAAGAUAUCAAAGAAAACUCGGAGAGUGACCGGAAUUCGGUGUCAUCGGCUAAGAUUGGCUCGCGAACCAUCACCAAACCAAUGAUUUCGGCUCCGAUAAGUGCGACCGUGCCAACCGCACAACUCAUCGAUUUCAUUCCGAAAACCAUACCAGCAAACAAAGAUGAUUCGGUAAAGGUGCGCAUUUAUUCAUCGUCCGAUGACGAUCGAUACAGCAGCGGCAUGUCAUCUGAAAGUGAUGGUGAAUAUAAUGCCGAAUCGGGCGCCGAAAGUAUCGAAACUCAUUCAGUCCUAUUCAAAAAUAUUCGCAAGUUAAACGACAACAAUUAAAUGUGCGACGUAAGUGGAGAUGAGGGUAAACGAAUCGUAUAUAUAAAUCAAACACACUGCCAUUGUAUUAUUCUAAAUAGAAACUAGACUAUGAAUUCCAUUUAAUCAUAUCGUUAGGUAAAUAAUUACUAUUUUAAGUUUUUUUUUGGCUUCGGCUUCAAAGAAGAAGAACAUUUAAUCUUUCGUUUUCCUGACACGAUGAGCACAAAACGAAGUGUCGAAAAGUUUUUCCUGCAUCUAAGAAAUGCAACGCAGCACAAGAUUAGUUUUGCAACAACGAGAACAUCUUUCACUCUCGAAUCAAUGGAUCGCCAGAUGCGUGCACAAACGACGCUCUCUAAAACCGUUUUCUUCCUUCCAUUCUUUUUUGUGUGUACGACGAAUGACGCUCUUUAAAUGCAAUGUACAUUAUUUGAACUGAAGGAAAUGAGCCUCUAGAUUAGAAAUGCUGUACAUUUGCUGAAAAUUCGGCACGAGCUAUAUGAAUUGUUUAUUGUUUUGUUUUCUAUGCGUUCUAUGCCGUUGCCGGCUGAAAUUACAAAUAAAUUAUAUGCUGUAAAAAAAAACUCUAUAAAAUGGUCGAAAAUGGUGCAAUUUGCCAAUUAAAAACUGGCUAAAAAUAAACUAAGCAAUAGGUUAAUCGUUAAAAUGGACGUGCAAACGCGUACAACUUUUGUAUAUUAAUCGUGCAAUAACAACAACAACAAGAAAUAUGGAUUAAAAUAAAUGAAAUAUUCGAUAUAAGUCAAUAGGUGAAUAGAUUUGUAGUUAGGAUUUGUGAUAAGAACUGGCCGGAAGUGCAAUAAUUCAUGGCUUUAGCCUUAGACUGUUGGUCCAAUCGUCGUAAGAGGUGGAUUUCGACAAUAAAUAGAGAAAAAAUUAGCAAUUAGAUAGAAUAUUAGAAAAUAUAUCAUUUUAAUGCGUAUGAGAAAUGAUGGCCUAACAAUACAUAGAUUCCGUUCCGUUCGUCAACCGAAAGCAGAUAAAAAAAACGAAGCAAAAUUUCCCAACGUAAUUUGUAGAUGCAUUAAUUUAAUUUAAUCGAUAGAGAACAUAUAGCAUAGCCAGUUGCAGCUAUAAUUCCAAAAAACUCAAAGCAAUACACACACAAUCAUUUGUUUUUCUUCUUUUAUUCUAGCUUAGGCAUUAGGUGUAUUAAUGAUACAAUAUUAGUAGUUAACGAAUCACGUCUAAAGUGUUUUGCUAUGUUUUUUUUUUAAUUUCUUCUCAUCAAACAAAACGUUGUGAGCGAGUAUGAAAAAAAAAUAGCACAAAACUAGCCGCAUUUUCUGAUGCUGAUAAAACGAUAAAUUCAGUUCCAUCAUUCACUUGCAUGUGAGUGUUUUACAAUGGAUUUGUUUGUUUUUAUCGAAUAUCGCAUGCAAAAGAGUCAUGAUGUGAUUUUUGUAAGUCGCUUGUCGAAUGUGUAUAUUUUUUUUCUUGUAAAGAAUGAGAAAAACAUAGAGAAAAAAAAGCAGAACAGAACCCAAGAGAGAAGCAAAAAAAAACAAACGGUUUACGCAUAGAACGAAAAUGUUUGAAGGAGAGAAAAAAGUGUAAGUACUUGAAACAUUGCAAAACUUCACAAGUACCUGUAAUCAAAAUUUGCGGUCGUUUAGAUCGGUUUUUCUCAACACGAAAAAUCGCUACGAACCGGUCACAGUUUGUUUGGCAGAGAAACGAAAAAAAUAUGGUUGUUUACGUCGUUAUCACUUAGACGCGCGUUAUUGUUACAAUUCAUAAUUCUUUUUUUCUUCCCCCUAACGCUUUUUUUUCUUUCAAUUAUUUAUUUUAUCCGAACGCAAGUCAACAGAAUAUAAUAUAUAGUAAAAUAUGCUACAUUUUAGGAAUAAUUUCUUUUUUUAUUUUAAAUUAUUUGAACAUAUUGAGAGAGAAAGCGAGGAAUGGAGAGAAUAAUUUAUUUUCAGCCGAAAAAAAAAACGAGAAUUCAGGGUAUAUUGUUGAUGUAAAAUCGUAAAUAAUUUAUUUGUUAUUGGUUUCAUUGAGGAUGAUGCCGAAUUGACUUUGUCGAUGCAUUGCAUCGUUUGAUGAGCAGUUUGUUUGGUGCAAAGCCGCUUUUUGGCGCGCUUGUCACGCAUAGGCUCAUUAAGUGAUGGUUUUCAUGUGUAGUAGGCUUCAAAUCGACGAAUACGAAGGAGAAGAAGAAAAACAACAAAAACAAUGGAUUUGGUGCAAAAAUUCCAAGGAUUUUCUUUCAACAAUAAACAGCGUGACAAAUCCUGCUAGCGAUAAGAUAGUUAGUACAUAUGAAACAGAGACAAACUAUUGAAUUCAUAUUUUUAUGUUAAAAAUUGUGGUGUGCAAACACCGAUACAACAAAAAAAAACAGACACACACAUAUUUUUUUUCUCCAGCUAUUGAAAUAUUUAAAAUUUAAACUACUAACUAAAAUUGUAAUUUUUGUGAAUGUUCAAUUUUUCAACUCAAUAAAGAAAAA